AAGAUCUUCCUUGAAGAAAAGGUAAUCGAGAACCCUACAAGAGAUUCAAAGUGUUUCUUGUACUGUAUUUAUGAAGAAAGAAAUCUGAUGACAGGAAACAAGUACAAUAAAGAAGUAAUGAUUGAUGUUGUACGAAAUAGCACGUGGAAGAACUUAAGUGAAAUGGAAGAAGCUGUAGAGAAAUGUGCGAGCAAACCAGAAGCUCAGGAUGAAUGUGAAACUGCGUACGCGUUCUUCCUAUGCACAAAAUCAACGUAUCACAAGAAUGUUGUGAAUUGAUAAACACACAUCAAUUGAACAAGGAAAUUACCCUAAUACAUGCUAUUCAAGACAAGGAAUGUGAAAAUUAUAAAUAAUGCAUGUAUUACAUUCAAAUUGUACUUCAAUACCAUCAAAAUACUGAAUUAAAAAGAUGC